CGACCAAUGGAAUCAUUCCUGGAGCCCCCUUACGUGGCACCAACAUCGAAAAUUCGUUCUUCCUCCACGUCGGCCAUUUUGACGUAAGGUGCAGCCGACAAAGCCGGAAUAAACGACACUGUCAGUGUCAUUUGGGACGAGUAAAUCGGCUUCUUGAGACGCCACUGAGAUCCACACAAAGACGUCACCAUGGGUAACAUGUUCGCAAACCUCUUCAAAGGCCUAUUCGGCAAAAAGGAGAUGAGAAUAUUGAUGGUCGGGUUAGAUGCUGCUGGUAAAACUACCAUCCUCUACAAACUCAAGCUCGGCGAAAUCGUCACGACCAUCCCGACCAUUGGGUUCAACGUAGAAACAGUGGAAUACAAAAACAUCAGCUUCACAGUGUGGGACGUCGGCGGCCAAGACAAGAUCAGGCCUCUGUGGCGGCACUACUUCCAAAACACACAGGGAUUGAUUUUUGUGGUAGACAGCAACGAUAGAGAAAGAAUUGGCGAAGCAAGAGAGGAGUUAAUGAGAAUGCUGGCGGAGGAUGAGUUGAGGGAUGCUGUGCUCUUGAUUUUUGCUAACAAACAAGAUUUGCCUAAUGCGAUGAACGCCGCCGAGAUCACAGACAAGCUGGGCCUGCACUCGUUAAGGAACCGCAACUGGUACAUCCAGGCCACGUGUGCGACCAGCGGGGACGGACUAUACGAGGGACUCGACUGGCUGUCCAACCAGCUGAAGAACGCCAACCGCUAAGAGCCGGACAGAGGGCUGCUGCAUCAGCACCGCCGCACAGAAAGAAAGAAAGAAGAGCGCGCGCAGUUUGUUGUUGCUGCAAGUGGUGUGUCUGUCCAGUGAGUGUGAGACUCGGGAGCGUGCCGGCCGCCCACGCGCUGCCCCCUGCGCUGCCGGCACCCUCCCCUCAUCCACGAACUCUGCAAGGACUCCUCGAGGCUACAACUACUACUACUCCAGCCCAAAUUUAUCCAGAAAAAAAAGAAAUUGUUGCUUUCAAAUAAGUGUGCACGUUUUCCAUUUUGUUGUUUUCGGCCGGCCAGCUGCUCGAAAGACUGAAACGUCUGAUUGGCAAGGCGAGUCGCUCCACCCUCAACCGGCGCCCACUCUGCACCCCGAAACCGAAUUAUUGCUUUUUAUACUUGUUUAAAAGUGGAGGGGUGCUUUGUGGCCGCACCCAGGCGGGCGCGACUCGCCCCGAGUGUUUUUAGCAAGGGAGAAGAUUAACUCUGGCUGUAUUCGCUCUGGGCAGAAGGAAAUAUAUAUAUUUUUAGUAUAAUUAAUUUAGUUAUUAUAUCGUACGUACAUUCCGUCAUCUGAAUUGAUCCCCUCUGUACUUAUAGAAUUAAGCCGCACUCGAACCACACCAAGUCUCUUUCUCUCUUUCGGUCCGUCUGAUUAUUAUUGAUUGUUUCAAGCCCCAAGUUUGCCAGUCAGUUGAUCCUUUCCCUGAGCGUAAAUUGAAAGGUGCAGGCUUCACACACACACUCACUCACUCUUAACUACCUUCUCGAUAUCACAAACAUGAAUAGUGUCUAUGUUGACUUUUUCAGAUCGAUUAUUGUUUCAAUAUUGUAUAUGAGGUUUUAAUUGGAUGCCAUUCUUGUGAAUUUCCAUGUACUUGUGCUAAUCACAAAAGUAAUUGAGAAAAAAGUAUGGAAAUAAUAUUGACUUUGAGCAAAAUAA